AUGAGGUUCUUCAACCUAUUCAUCGCUGUACUACCCCUGGUAUACGCUCAAGACCCCACUUCCUCCUCCUCUAGAUCUACCUCAGCCUCAGGCUCGGCUACUAACUCCUCUUCGGCCACCCGAUCUUCCAACUCUUCAUCUUCAUCUUCCCCUACUCCCACUUUGAACAUUACGACAUUCACCACCACUCUCACUACCUAUCCAACAACCACGACACUCUCGGCAUCCUUCGAACCAGCUACGACUCUCGCUCUGACAUUUACACUCAAUGCCAGUGAUUAUACCUCAGUGAACGAGUCCAUUUGGAAAGGGAAUUAUACGAAUGGGACUAUCCCAUGGGAUGGGAAUGAGAAGACUAAACCGUGGCAAGAAGGAGACGGGUUCAUACCGUUCAAUAUCAAGAUCGAUCCUGCUUUUGGAGUGUUGGGUGGAUUGUUGAUCAUCAGUGGGAUACCUGUGGCUGUGCUUGGUGGGAAAAAUCGUUGGUCAUCAAAUGCGAUUUCAUCGGGUUAUGCCUUGAUGUUAUUCACUCUGGUCAUGGUAUUGAGGUUUGGUGUCGAGCCAAACAUCCAACCUCCAUCCCCUAAUCCUCCGUCAACCACUUUGAGAGGUCUAUAUCUCUUAGCUUGCAUCAUCGCAUCCUUCUUCGGUGGCGCAGCCGGUAUAUUCCUAUACUCCUUUGCAAAAUACUGGGUCUCCGCCAUCGGUGGAUUCACCUUCGGAUGGUUCCUCCUCGCUACUCGACAGGGAGGACUGAUUACCUCUGUCCUGGGACGAUGGGGUCUGCUCGGAGGUUUGUCUGUUGGAGGAUUGGUUGCUUCGUUACCUAAGCAGACUAAUGAGUGGAUGAUGCUUAUUUCGACGGCUUGGAUUGGGGCGACGGCCUUUACGUUGGGGGUGGACUGUUAUACUAGAGCGGGGCUGAAGGAGUUCUACGUGUACAAUCUCGGUUUCCACGACCUGUUCCCGAAGCUUUACGGAUUCAAAUAUCCCCUUACUCAGACUAUGAUGAUUGAAUUGGGGAUCUUGGCUGCUAUGGUGGUGAUCGGCGCAGCUAUUCAGUUCCGUGUACUCAACAUCCUCACCAAGCGAUACCGCAAGAUGCGAGAAGAGGAAGAAGCCAAGAUUGAAGCUGAAGAGAUCGAACGUGCCGCCGAGAGGUUCAAGAAUGUCGGGGCGGAACUCAACGAGUGGGAAGAGAAACACGGCAAUGCCAGUCCUACUUCUGGACCUGGAUCGAGUGGACCUACCGACCCUUACGGCUCUCUCAAUGGCGAAGCGAUGAGAGCCACAAGGGAGUCUAUACUUCUGCCUCAGCUCGGCUUCGAGUCCGCUCGCGAUAAUCGACCUUCGAGUACGCUCAGCUUAUUGAGAGAUACCGAGCCUAAGGGGAAUUACGAGCCUGUCGCAGUCAAAUCCCCGACUGGUCUCGAUACACCCCAAAGUAUGUUUGUUGGACUUCAAGAGCUCAAAUCCGGUAGUCCUGAGCCUGAACCCAACUCACCUACAGGAUCUAACCCAGAAUUGGAACAGCAAAUGCGAUUACUUGCCGAAGUGAAGAAAGCCAGAGAAGAUAUUAGGGGCUCUUUAAAUAGGUUGAAAGCAUCUACGCCUGCAGGAUCGAUAACCGGUAAUGAUAUACUUGGAAGGAUCACGCCCACUCCUACACUUGGCACGAAUAGCGACAAGGAGCAAAGACACACUUCAACUACGAGUAGUAAACUUUUGGAUUUUUCGUCUGACUUCAGAUCGACUUCGGCUAUGGGUAAUCGAGAGAGACAUCUGUCGUCGACGAGCAGCAGGAAUCUCGAUUUCCCUGAUAUGAAAGCAACCACGUCUGAAAAUGCCCAAUCAACCCCUCCGCCACCUCAAUCGGAAUGGGAGAAAUAUUUAUCAGAACGUAAAGUGCUUAGUCCCACUUCUUCAGAAUCCCAUCAACAGCAACAACAACAGAGAAACUACCUUGAUCGAUCUUCAGCAUAUUCCUCGGUACCUCUGAGCAUGGGAAUGGACGAUAAAAGGGACAGGACGACGAGUAUGUUGGAACCUAGAGUAUCUGAUUUUGGACCAUCUGAAAGUGCAAGAAAUAACGGUACCUUCCCUACCGACAAAAUGCAGAGAACGAGGAGUGAGGGUUUGGAUAGACCUUCGACGUACCAUGACUAUUUGAAUGAUGGAGGUAAUGGUAAUGGCAACAAGCUAGGUACACCAAUAAUAAUUGGAUCGGUAGCGGAUCAUAGGGGAGGUAGGAAUCCCCAACAUAUGUCAUCAGGUGGACAACGAGCUAUGACAUAUGAUGAAUUGGCUGAAAGACAUCGUAAGAGAUUAUCUAGAUUACAAGAUCCGGUGACAUCCAAGAUGAAAGAGGAGAUUGAGAUUGAAGAAGCGAGACUGAGAUGGGAGAAACAGAAGAAACUGGAAAAGGAAGAGAUGAAAAGGAAAGAAAGGGAGAGAUUCUAUCGAGAAUCUGGGGUCGAACAGCAAGGUGGAAAGGGAAAGGGUAGAGAGGAAGGUAUAAAACAGGCUCAGGAAUGGAGGAAGAGCGUGAUACUUUCACCGCCUCCACCUGCUGCCACAGCAGGACCUAUUGGACCCCGAGGAGGAGGGGGGAAUGAUAAGAGGAAAAGAGCUAGUAGACAAUUUGCUAGUUAG